AGCAAAUGAAAUUGAAAGAGUUCAAUGCAACCACUAACAGUCUAACAACAUGAUAAGGCCUCCGCAACCAAGUCCCGUGUCGUUACGUCUGCAAGGUGGAUGUAGUUUAUCCAUAAAAAGCCCUCCAGAUCAAUGCCCCAAGAACACAACUCCGUCUCUCACCUUCAAUCAAACUACAGAAAUCUGAACCAAAAAUCGUGCGACGCGAUGGAAGGGAGCAACCUCAAGUCGGCUGCGCUACUGGAGCAGUUGCAUGUCCACCUCGCGUCCGGCGCCGGCAAGGAGCUCGUCGAAAUGAUCGGCUUCGUCUACCAGCUCAACAUCUCUCCCAAGAAACUCGGUUUCGACGAGGAGGUAUUCAUCGUCGUCGAUCUCAAGAAGGGCGUCGUCUCCAAAGGGCCGUACGAGGGGAAGCCAGACGCGACCUUCUCCUUCACGGACGACGAUUUCCUGGCCAUCUCCAGCGGUAAGCUGAACCCUCAGAUGGUGUUCAUAAUGGGCAAAUUGAAGAUCAAGGGGAGUAUAAGCGCGGCGCAGAAGUUCACGCCGGACUCGAUCUUCCCCAAGCCAUCCAAACUGUAGGGUUGAGUGGAGUUCGACAAUUAAUACAAACAGGCAGUUGGAGUAGUAAUUUUAGUCUGAAAAAUAGUUCAGAGAUGUUCUUGUGGUACCAUAGAGAUGCUGUUGGCGUUCCCCUCGAGCUUGUUUUCAUAAGAUGCGGAAAA